AUGGAUGUUAUAGAGUACGCUGCACCUUCGGUACAACACAUUCAUCUGCAUUGGAGUGGGAACCAGACUGUACUUUACGGCUGGGCAAGCAGUGAAAACGGAAUGCCGUUGUUGUGUAAAAAUCCGACGUCAUUACUAUCCAAGAUCACGCUGCAUGCCUACCAGCUGAGGCUUUCCUCUUUGAAGGGAAUUAUGGGAAACAGGGAGCAGAUGGAGAAGCCCCGAUCAGAUGCAUGGAUUGAGGCGAUGGAGCGUUUCCGAGGCUCCUUGAUUCGCAUGCAUGAUAAAAGUAUGCUGAGUAACACCAAGCGAGUUAAGGUGGCAUUGAUUGAUGACGGAAUUGACCUUCAAGACUUCAACACUUAUAGAUUUGCCCAAUGUACGGGCGUGAGUUACUGUUCGAGCGAUAUAAGUAACGGGGACCCGUGGUGGAAAUCCACUAAUGGGCAUGGUACCAUCAUGGCUAACAUGAUCAGCCGAAUCAAUCCGUGGGUUCAGCUUGAAGUGAUCAAAGUCCAGAGCAGCCCUUCCUACGUCCAUGGCGAUGGAGCACGCAGCAUGAGCCCUCGAAGUGCCGCCGAUGCCAUCAACGCGGCAGUAGUGCGUGGUGCCGAUAUCAUCUCUAUGUCGUGGACUAUAACAGACGUAGGGUUUCGUAUGUCUGUGUUAUCAGACAGUGCGUCCAAUGUGGAUGGCGACAAAAGGCGAGCGGAUGAGAAUGAUCUGAAGCUCCUCCAGAGUGCAAUUGACGACGCUGUUAAAGGAGAUAAACGACUCCUGAUUUGCUCCGCCGCGGAUGAUGUCCGGCUCAAUGGGGACAAUACUUUUCCCUAUAGCCAGGCUCCGGAACUCAUUCUUCGCAUGGGUUCGACGGGGCCUCAGGCGAAUCGAGACCUGGGAUCAGGUAGUGGAGGCUCUAUAACAUACUACCUGCCAGGUAACCAGGUUGCCGAGGAUCGGAGGCCUCAUUCUGCAAAGCCCGUUGUUUAUCAUAACGGAUCCUCUGUCUCGACGGCACUUGCUGCGGGCCUCGCAUCAUUGAUCAUGUAUUGUUGUCACUGCCUCCACUCGUGCCAGGCUGGUGCUGAGUAUGAAAAUUGCGCGAAAGCACUACGGAGUCAUGCAAACAUGCGUAAGGCUUUUAAUAGCAUUAACAGGUAUUUCGAGUGGAAAGACGAUGAGAAAAUCGUUCCAGUCUGGGGCCCUUUCGGUGACAAGAGCAGUAUGCUGGAUAAAGCAACUAACAGCGAAGACAAGAUCAAAGUGCUGAAAGAACUGGUUGCGUGCUUAUGCCUGGAUAUCAAGUGA